AUGCAGCGGAAUAAGAAGGUAGAUUUGAAUGAAGUUUUAAAUGUUUUACGGCUUAUGAGCGAUGAAAAUUGCAAGAAUUUGCUAAAUGCCCCGAAUUUGCUCCGAAUUCUCCACACACCAGUGACCCAUUACGCCAACAAAUUGCUACACUUCCUCUCCACUAACUCUCUCUGUAUAUCUUCACUAAUGCGCCGGUACAAUCUAUCAAAACAAAUUGACACUAAUAUACAUGGAUAUACCAAAGACAACCUCGACAAACAGGGUUUGCCCUUUGAUUCACAUUUGGAAAGGGUUACUUUUAAUGUCACUGAUUUGUUUGAAUACUCUGCAGAGUUGGCCAAUGACAUUCUCACGACUUCCCAAGUCUUUAUACCCUUAAUUGAACAGGUUACGCACAUACUUUAUGCCAUACUUACUAAAACUGCGGAAGAUGCGGUUAUUUUUAAUUUAGGUGCCAUAGUUGAUGCCAUAAAAAUCCCAACAUUAACUACGAAUUUGACUAUGGCUCAGGCAUUAGUGUUAAUGAAUGGCACUAAAACCGUGCCAAAGGACUUAAACAUCACCAGGCCUUCGGAUAUAUACACUUUAUGUCAUCACAAGGAGGCGUUAUACGGCUGCAAAUAUAAGGGCGACGGAGAGAGGGGAAGUUUUCCGGGCGGUACUGACGAACAGAGUGGAGAAUGGACAGCUGAACUGAAUUUGAAUGCUUGCCAGUUGGAAAUAAAAUGUAGAUUUGUUGAUAUCCCUCCCACUUGUAAUAUUUGGGUAAAUUCGAUCAGGGAGAUUGGUCAUUCUAUGGUAGGCAGGUUUGUGCUAUUUUCUGCUAGAAUAAUUCGCGCAGGUGAUGUAAAGGUCUUUGAAUGUGAAAAAGAGUACAUUUGCAUCAAAUGCAAGUACAUUUUUAUCGUAAAAGCACUGCCUGAAACAUUCAAUCUCAUGGAUAUACCCUCAUCCUGCCCAAAAAAUAGCAGUAACGCCACCUUUUGCGACUCAACAACCUUUGUCCCCCUCAAAACGUACAAUAGAAGGGUUGAUUAUCAAGAACUUCGAGUUGACAACCCUUAUACAAUAUGUUCCAACAAAAAUGUUUCUCGGUACACAACAGUCGUGCUUACGCAUGACCUUAUUGGGAAAUGGAUCCCAGGAGAUAUAGUUCAGAUUGCUGGUUUCGUGAAGAAUCGCUGGAGACAGCUUAAAAAGGGGGAAAUUUGUCAGGUGGAGCUUUUUGUGGAGGCAAACAAUGUGGAAUUGGUGAAAAGCAAUUUAUCAAUUAUUACAGACAACACUAUGCUCAAUGUCAAUCAAUAUGAAGAAUUUAGGAGGGCAUAUAAUAAUGAUAUGAUUGCAAGGAGAAAUAAGAUUGUUAAAUAUUUUGCCCCGAACUUAAUAGGCAUAGAUAAUGCCAAAUUAGCAGUAUUACUAUCUGUUGUAGGUGGAGUAGACAAUGAUAAAAAGGAAAGAACUGAAACAAAUUCCAAAUGGGAUAAAUACGGCGUUAAUGACAAGUCUCAAUCCAAAAUAAUUAAAAAAUAUCUCAAUGAAAAUAUUUAUGAUGGAAAACGAACUAAUUGCCACAUUUUGUUGCUUGGAGAUUCGGGAACAGGAAAAUCACAACUUUUAAAGGCUGCUCUUGAACUAUCCAACAAAUCUGUUAUGGUCUCAGGAAGCAACUGCACCAGUGCUGGAUUGACAUGCUCCGUACUACGAGAAGGCUCAGAAACUCUCCUAGCCGCCGGUGCCCUAGUAUUGGCUAAUGGAGGAAUUUGCUGUAUUGACGAGUUUUCCCUGAUAAAACAACAUGAUGCGACGGCACUGCAUGAGGCAAUGGAACAACAGACAAUAUCUGUUGCUAAGGCGGGAGCUACGCUCAGUAUCCCGUGCCAAUGUACUAUAAUAGCUUCAUCCAAUUUUAAGGCAAAAAAGGGCACUUUUCUGGGGAAUACAUCCGAGAAUGGUGAUGUUGAGGAUUGUAUGUUGGAUACUGACUUACCUAUAUCGCUUCUUACUAGGUUUGACCUGGUAAUUCUCUUUACCAACGAAAAUGAUGAUGACAUGGUGGAUUUCCUCCUUUCACUAAAUAAAACGAGUGAUAUUUUGGCAGAAAACACUACAGUUAAUGCUGCGCCCUUUUCCUUGGGCUGGGUAAAGGGCUAUUUGGAAUGGGUAAGGGAGAAGAUCAAACCCAAAGUGACAAUUGAAGCUAAAAAAGUUUUAUUGAAUUACUACACAGAGCUAAGGAAAUCAUGUUAUAGUGAUAAUGAUGGUGUAACAAUUAGGAUCCUAGAGUCCCUAUUACGACUUUCACAGGCCCAUGCUAGAUUGCUGUAUAGGGAUACAGUUGAGGUGUUUGAUGCAGUGUGUGUUAUUUGGAUAAUGGAAAUUGGCCUGCGGGGGUUUAGGGUUAAUACUGUGACGCAAGGGUUAAAGAUAGUUGGUAGGCGGGGGCUGUUCAGCAACUUUGAACAAUUAUUCUCUCCAUUUCAGGCCAAGGUUUCUAACGGGAUAGUAUGCAGAGAAAUGUACCAGCAUUUUGAGCGGAUUCUACUGACCCGCUUAAACAUUGAAUAG